GCAAGAUGUCUAUUCUUUUUUUUUUUUGUCGGUGCAAAACAAACAUUUUAUAGCCUUAUUGUUUUUCUCUUUCUAUAUAACUGACACGUUGCACAUGUGUUUUGGCUACAAAUAUUUGUAAGGUUAUAAAUGGGAUAGAUUCUAUGAAGAAUUUUUAUGCGUUACAAAUUUCCAGAUGCGUGUAUCUGAAACAGACUGUGGCUUUAUUUUUGGGACAUUACUAUCAAGGGAAACGUUUGUUAAAUCCCAAGACUGGCAGAGGAAGACCCGUGGUUGAUUCUUGGUGAUGAUGACUCUAAUGCAGAAGUUCACUGUCUUUAGCACUAGAAUGAAUGAUUUCAGCAUGGAAAAUAAUUUUUUCUUUCUCAAGUGUAUGUGAUAUAUAUUGGGGAGCAAGGUUUCAGACAAGUGAAAACUUGGUAAUCACUUAGACUCUGUAGUCCAACUAUGUGAUCAUCGGUUGCACCAACGGUGUCCAGAUGGAUUUACACCAUCUUCCCUUGUAUGGUCCCAAAUACAGAAGAAAUGAGUGCACCCAAGCAUCGAAAGGUGGACAGUGAAAAUCGCUCAUUCAAAGAACGUUGGGAGUUAGAUUAUUUUUUUGUUAAAAGCAACGGGAAACCACUAUGCUUACUGUGUUCUCAGAUGUUGGCAGUCUGCAAGGAAUACAAUGUAAAGAGACAUUAUAUUUCUCUGCACGAAAAAUCAUAUUCGCAGUAUACUGGAGACCAUAGAGUUGCUAUACUGAACGAAUUAAGAAGUAAAUCGCACAAGCAGGAGACUGCAACUAGCACAGAAACUGCAACUGAUACUGCUGCAUUGAAGGCAUCCUUUCUAAUCUGUGAGGAAAUUGUAAAACGAAAACAAGCAUUUGACAAUGUAGAGGUUAUUAAGGAAUGUGCUAUUAAAAUGGCCAGAGUUUUUGGAAACGAAGACAUGGCAGCAAAAUUUGAUUCGAUUUCACUUCAACCCCAGACUGUUGCCCGACGUGUUUCUGUCAUGCAUCAGCAGAUUACUCGAAAACUGCAUGCGAUUAUAAAAAACUGUUCCUAUUUCUCUCUUGCGUUGGACGAGAACACAGAUUGCAGUGGAACGGAUCUUCUGGUUGUUUUUAUUCGUGCCAUCGAUGACCGCUUUAAUGUUUCUGAAGAUAUUUUAAAAUGUGUUUCGUUACCCAGAACUGCAAAGGAAGAAGAACUUCUGAAUGAGGUGAAAAGUGCUGUGUUGGAAUGUGGGGGAUUCGAUAAAUGUACAAGUGUUACGACUAAUGGUUCCAAAUCAAUGACUUCAAAAAAUCUUGGUCUUUCGGCAUUGUUAAGAAAAGAAGGUGCAGACUGCGUGGUGUUGCAUUGCAUCAUGCAUGAAGAGACAUUGGUCGGGACUUUACUAAAGAUGUCGGACAUUAUGGAGGUCGUCAUAAAGAUUUCAAAUUUCAUUCUAGAAAGAAAAGGUUCUGUAACAAAAAAGAAGUUCAAGAUAUUCCUGGAUGAGCUCAGUGCAGCUUACGUUGACUCCCAUUCGUACAGAAAAAUCUGUUGGUCAAGUGCAGGACGAUGUCUAUAUAGAUUUUUCAGCCUACGAAAAGAGAUUUAUCUGUUUUUGAAGGAUACAAAUUAUGACCCCAUCUUGACGGAACGUUUUUGUAAUAAGGACUUUCUUAGUUCUCUCGCUUUCUUGACAGACAUCACACACUAUUUACAUUCUCUAAAGAAAAACGUUGAAGCCAAGGACCAACUUGUCACACAGCUGUACACGCACAUUUCAGUAUUUAGCAACAAACUCAUGCUGUUGAAACUCAACUUGAUAAGCAACGACUUGUCGUACUUUGAGUCUUGCAACGAACUGUACAGGGAGUAUGAAGAAUGCAAUAUUUUUUUAGACUUUGGCAAAUUUGUGGAAAAAAUAGAAGUCCUGAUUGAAAAUUUCAACCUAAGAUUCCAGGAUUUCAGCAAAAUCAAUUCUAGCUUCAAAUUGUAUAAUAAUCCACUUACAACAGAUAUAAUAAGUGAAAAGAUGGAGUAUCACAUGGAAUUAUGUAACCUACAAGCAGACCUGUACUUUGCUACAAGGAAAGAAGUCGGGGUCUCCUUUUUCAGACUUCUUCCUAAGGAAAAAUACCGUAACCUUAGGGAUUUGGCACUCAGAAUGACUUCUAUGUUUGGCAGUACCUACAUAUGUGAGAAGGCUUUUUCGGAAUUAGAUCGCCUAAAGUCAAACUACAGAAACAGUAUUUCAAACCGCACGCUACAAGAGAUUUUGCAUCUUUCUAUAACCAACAUCAACUUGAACUUUGACGAACUUGUAUUAUAGGCGCCCGUUUAAACAAGGUUUGUUUUCUGUGCAAAACCAGAUGCAAGAUUGUGUAGCUCUUCAAUCCUUUAAAACUGUUUGCACUGUAGGGGGAGGGGCAUUAAAGUAUUGCAGAUAUUAGAUGGGCAAGUGCUGUCUUUUAUAAGCAAUUCCUUUUAAAAUUCUUUUUAAGUAGAGGGUUCAUCAAAUAGUUGAACACGGAAAAUAUUAAUUCAUUCAUACUUUGCCUGCUGUCUUGAAUACCAAGCAGUUAUAAUGUGUGGACAGGUGUUUUCCAAUGUAAACACAGUUACUAAUAUUACACCCCACCAUUGUGCACUUUUUUUUUUUAAUUCAGCUGCAAGCCCAAGGCACCACCUGGAACUGCAGGUAAGAGGGUGAUACCAGCCUCAUUACCCCAGGCUUGCUUGUUUUUUUAAAAUGAUACAUUUGCAUUGGAUGAACGGUUGGUUUCAGUGUCUGUUUGUGCUUGGAGGAGUGUGGCUAAUGGCACAUGCUGGUCUUAUAUUUUUACUUUUAUUUUAAGAAGUGGUUGGCAAGGUGAUUAUCACCUGGACAACAAAGUUGUACAGUUCUGGGUAAUGCAGACAAUAAAAAGGUAUGUUGCUAGGGCUUUGUGAAGUACGGAAAGCAUGAUUAACAUCUUCAGUCUACUCAUGAAAAGGAGACAAGUAUCUAUGCCUUGAGUCUCCUCUUAAUUUAUUCCCCAUCCAUUCAUAUGUGCUUUCCAUAGUUGGUUCUCAAGAAAGUAAGUGGACUUCAAGAAUCACUUCACAAUCAAACAAGGCGAGUGGCUGCAUGACACUGUGAGCCCAAAGGGGUGGGGGUACUAAUCCCAGGCAUCACAGACAGACUUUCUUAUUUUUGGUGACUCGGAUAGCCCAACUGAAUGAGAUCAUGCCAAAGAGGGGCCAUUAUAUGUUCUUCAAUGAUCACUGCACGUCCCACUGGUUUGACCACAUGUCCUCCCUGUCCGCUCCUGAGCCGUGCAGCAACUGCAACUAGAUGGCAUAUUGCAUGACUUGAUUUCAGGGCACCUUUUCUUAUUUAUACUCUGCUGGAUAAUCCAGAGGCCAUUUUUGUUUUCUCUGAACUAGGUGUUCUCUUUAUUGUUUUACAAUAGAGAAGAAGACAAUAAUAAACACUUUAAUUGGGAACAUAAACUCUCAGAGAAGAGUGAAACUGCCUGGUAUUCAUAUUUCUCACAAAGAUAAGACCCUUUUUGAGAGGUGUUGAAAAUGAUAAAGAUUUAUUUAAUAUUAAAGGGGGAAUUAAUAGCAAAAUACAGUAUUGUGUUUU